AUGGUCAUCAUGGUGGAGAUCGCUAACUGGGAAGUCCAAAAGACACUCAUAGACCAAGGAAGCUCGGCCGACGUUUUGUACUGGCCAACAUUCCUUAAACUCGACGUUCCUCAUUCUCUCAUCCAGCCACAUACAGAGCCUUUGGUCGGUUUCGCCGGUGAGCGGGUCCACACUUGUGGAUAUGUGGACCUACUUACAACCUUCGGAACACCCCCGGACACAAGAAGGGUCAUGGUUCGAUACCUCCUUGUAGAAGCCAAUACCUCCUAUAAUAUCAUAAUUGGGAGGCCAACCUUGAACAAACUCGGAGCAGUGGUAUCUACCCCGCAUCUCACCAUGAAGUUCCUUGGGAAUGACGGAAAAAUCAUCACUGUAAAGGCAAACCAAAAGACGGCUCGACAGUGCUAUGCUGAGAGCCUGAAGAUCUCCUCGUGCAGCAAGCAAAGCAGGGGGAACCCUCCCACCAUAGCUCCCUAG